GCAAGCCACAGGCAUGCAAGCCACAGGCACGCAAGCCACAGGCACGCAAGCCACAGGCAGGCUCAACCACUGCACUGCCCUCGACCCGACCACUGCACUGCAGUCAGUUCAAUCACUGUACCUACUUCCCUCGACUCGACCACUGUACCGCGAUCGACCCAACCACUGCACUACGGUCGACCCGACCACUGCACCGCAUUCGACCCGACCACUGCACUGCGGUCGACCUGACCACUGUACCGCGAUCGACUCGACCACUGCACUACGGUCGACCCGACCACUGUACUACGGUCGACCCGACCACUGCACUGCGGUCGACCUGACCACUGUGGAGCAGUGUAAUUGGCGAAGAAGGUAAGGAAGGUUUGUUUUCUGUAGGGCCUUGAAAAUUUUUCUUGGC